GUAUUACACCGGCUAUCCUAAGGAUCUUGGGCCGUCGAGGGUUAUUCACUUUACCUCCGAACGGGAAUUUGUACAACUUCUUCAUCAAGGCUACCCGGUAGUUGUUGCAUUUACGAUAAAGAGUAACUACAGCAAACAUCUUGACAAAGUUCUAGAGGAGUCUGCAGCUGAGUUUUAUCCACAUGUAAAAUUUUUACGUGUAGAAUGUCCGAAGUACCCUGGGUUUUGCAUAACAAGACAAAAGAAGGAAUACCCAUUUGUAGAGAUAUUUCAUAGUCCAGAACAGGCAGCUGCUCAGGGAAGGGUUGCUGAUCCUACUAUUACCAAAUACUCUGUCAAAGUUUUACCGUUCAACUAUGAUGUAAGUGCUUACGGAUUUCGUGAGUUCUUCAAACGGCAUGGAAUACGAUCUUCAGAUUUAAAUUAAAGGCUAAGGAGUACCGAACAUGGUAUUUCCUCGCUCCAGAUAAAAUUUAUUAAGCUUCUUAAGCGACAUGAGCUGGUAGAAGAUGAAGAAAGAGCUGUGAAGCUGAGGUUAUAUUCAUGGGCUUCUCAGAGACAUAAAUAUCCUCGUUAAAGAUAUCAUGGAAUCCAGUAGCUAUUAGGGACGUUGUGAUUCAUACAAAUAUUAAUAGGUGCGUUACUGAGUUAUGAACUAGUUUCUUGCUUAAUUUGUGAAGAGCAAUGUUAUGUUUUGCAUCCAUGAUUAAAUACCCUUUUUGAAUACCUUGGUUCUGCUGAACUAAUUAGAAUUUCAGACCUCUCUGCGCACUGCUCAUCAUUGUGGCAUGCCAUCUGAACUAGUGUUUUGACCUGCAUCUAGUCAUCAUUCACACUAUUGUGGAUUCUAUUAAGUCAUAUGAAUAAAAUGAUCUUGGCUUUAA